GCUUCCUUUGUUUUCUCUCCGGCUACGCGGUGGCUUUUGCGCCCAGGUUGCUGCGCGCGCCUCGGGAAAUCGCUUUGGGGUGCUUGGGGCCCGUCGCCCCCCCCCGAAGGCUUGCCUCCCGCCCCCGUCCCAAGACUUCCCAGGAGCUGAGAAGCCCCCAUGGAUGUGAGAGGGCGCCUGCUGCGGACUCUAGAGGACCUGAACGAGGCCGAGAUCGCCACUUUUGUUUUCUACCUAAAUGGCACCAUCCCGCGCGGCCAGCUGGAGCGCGCCCCGCCGGUCAAGUUGGCCGAGCUUCUCUUGCGCUACUGCCCCGAGAGAGCCUUAGAAGUCACCGCCGACAUCCUCGAGAAGAUCCCCAGAAAGGAUCUGCUCCGAGCUCUCCGGGGAGAAAAGGAAGGGGCAGGGAGCCUCAGGGAGAGGACCGGAGGGGUGACUUUGAGGAUGGGGGAAACCCCAGCAGCGCCCGGCCCUAGUUUGGGGGCUCCUUCUAGGCAGGCCUCUGACCAAGAGCUGAUGAAGGUGGCCAAGGAGAUGGGCAAGAGCUGGAAGCAGAUUGGGAUUCAAUACCUGGGGGUAAAAAAGUCACACCUGGAGCAGAUCGAAGAGGAGAAUCCCGGCAAUGUCCCCAUGAGAGCCUUCUAUACACUGGUGGAUUGGAGGAAUCGUGAGAAAGAAAAGGCCACUGCAUCUCAGCUGUACCACAUUCUCAACCAGGAGGGGGUGCAACUUGACCGAGAGGCCUAUGAUUUCCUAUUAAACAGCAUCUGAAGGAAUUCUUGAAAGGCAGAAAGCUAACAACUGCUCACUCCCCAUCUAGCAUUUUCUACAUCCGUUUUAUGCAACACCCCCCAACCUUUUUACAAAAACUCUUCUCUCAAGUCCUCUGGUGCCCCUUGUAGAACCUCUUUACUAGCUUCCAAUCUCUUUCCAGAGCCAGUAAAAAAUUCCAUGUCCUUACCUGGAAAAUUCUCAGUACCACAUUUUCUUUAAGCCCUUGUUUUCUGUUCUAUCCUCACUCCUCAAGUCCUCCAACCAUUCCAUCAGUGAAGAUCUUCUGCUCCCUUAAAUGAUCAAGCUACUCCACUUUCCUGCCAGGCACAUGGAAUGUCUCUGCUGAACUAAUUCUCACUUUCAAAUUGAUCUGUGAGGUAUCUGGGGAGGAAGCAUACAAGAAAUGCUGCAGCCAGGAUAGCUUGUAAACCCAUACUGAAAACCAAUCUUCCAUCUUUUCCCUUCAUGGUUGAUGAGACUUGUGCAUGGGAACUCUUGGGCCCUAGGUUCCUUCAGGGUUUGGGGUUGUAUGUUGUUGCUUCCUCUGGAGAUCCUCCUGGGCUUGGUGGCAUCCCUCUUUCCCUCUCAUUCCAAUAAGGUGGUUCAGGAGGAGAGUGUAGAUUGCAAUGCUUUUCGGCCUCUUCCUUAGGCACUCUAAGUUGAACAAUCAACCCAGUCCGCAAAUCCUCUUUGUAAAUAGACUCGGAAUCGCAUUUGCUGAUUUCCCCAUUGUCUCAGAUUUGGAUUGGAAGCUCAUUAAAGGCAGACAGUUCAUUUUUAAUCCCCUGUGUAAUGAUCAUGUAUGGUGUUAUAGGGAUACUGCACAGAGGGAUACUGCACAGGGAUGCUGCACAAUCUUGAAUAAAUUACUUGUAGACUACAACUUGCAGAACCCCUCCAACCGGGAUUAUAAUAAUAAAAAAGUUAAUUUUCCA